GGCAGCGGCGCUAUCGAUUUUGGUCGGCGGACAGCGCGGAUCACAUCGCUGCGUGAGUGCACAUCGCACGGCGCCCGGGUGCUCGUGGUGUGUCGCGAAUAAUUUAGUUUAGUGCGGAUCCGGUGCGUCGCCUCGCUGUCCACCUGUGCUGCACGCGAGUGCGGGGUGUUGAAUGGGAUUGCUACUACGCGGACGGCGCUCUGCUGCUUUCGGUGCGUGAUCGUGAUCGCGAGCGUGAUCGAGACGACGACGACGACUGUGCGCCGGCGACAUGACGAAGGAUAGAUUAGCGGCGCUCGUUGCGGCCCAAAGUGACGAUGAUGACGUCGGGCCGGACGAUACCGCCAUCAACGUCGAGGGACGGGAUGGCUUCAUGGAUGCAUUUUUUCAAGAGGUGGAGGAGAUACGGGACAUGAUAGAUAAGGUGCAGGCGAAUGUUGAAGAAGUAAAGAAGAAACACAGUGCCAUCCUAUCUGCACCCCAGAGCGAUGAAAAAACGAAACAGGAAUUGGAAGACCUGAUGGCCGACAUCAAGAAAACUGCCAACAAAGUCCGUGCCAAGUUAAAAGUGAUAGAACAAAACAUAGAAACGGAGGAACAGAACAACAAGUCAUCGGCGGAUCUGCGAAUACGAAAAACGCAGCACUCGACACUGUCGAGGAAAUUCGUCGAGGUGAUGAUUGAGUACAAUCGGACGCAAACGGACUACAGAGAACGAUGUAAAGGCAGAAUACAGCGACAAUUAGAAAUCACUGGUAGACAGACGACGAAUGAAGAACUUGAAGAGAUGCUGGAACAAGGCAACCCAGCUGUCUUCACACAGGGCAUUAUCAUGGAAACGCAACAAGCCAAACAAACGCUCGCUGAUAUUCAAGCGCGGCACGCGGACAUCAUCAAGCUGGAGACGUCCAUCCGGGAGUUGCAUGACAUGUUUAUGGACAUGGCGAUGUUGGUUGAAAAUCAGGGCGAAAUGAUCGAUCGUAUCGAAUACCAUGUAGAGCACGCCGUCGACUACGUGCAGACGGCGACGCAAGAUACCAAGAAAGCCCUCAAAUAUCAGAGCAAAGCGCGACGGAAGAAGAUCAUGAUCUUGGUUUGCCUCUCCGUACUGGGCAUUUGCUUGGCUGGCACCAUUGGGUCAUACUUUGGACUUUAAAAAUAUAAAACAAACUCAUCGCAAGUCAACCGGACCUCACAGUGCAAAUCAGCAAAGGAAAAUCAGCACGUAGAAUCUCAGCAUCAACAAUUCGUAAUUCGAUCAAAAUCGAAAACUGAUCAAGCCACACAAAUAUGCUUAUUUACAAACAAACAAAAAGCGACAGGUAGGAUUAACUGCAUCGUUUUGAGAUAAAGAUGAAAGCUGACAAAAAUUACAUUCAGCCACAAAUAAAAUUAAAAAAUAUGCAAACAAAAUUGCAAUCGCAUUGUUCACAUUGUUCGUUGUUAAUUACCAAACAAAAAUGUUGAUUACGGCUUUCUGUUGAGUACAUUCAUAAACAUGUAUAAUCUAAUUCUAAUUACUAUUAGUCUAAUUAAUACUAAACGAGGACAAUUUGAGCGGAUCAUGAUGAGAUUUAACAGUUUUGAAGUUAGAAUUCGUGGAGUAAAAACGGAAUGCGAAAUUUGUUUGACACGCAGGAGGGAUCGAUCAUCACAAUAUUAACUAUAAAUUAAUAACUAAUUAAUUAAAUUAAUUAACGAUAUUAGCUUACAACUUACAAUACAAACAAAAACACUAAUCAGUUUAAUUAAGCGAUAACGAGAGUGUUAGCUAGCGUCGACGCGGCGAAUAAUUUUAACAAUUGAUUAUAUAUUACUUAAUUAAUGGCGUAUUGAAUUUAUUGAAUGCGUGAUUAAGCAACAAGAGCAUCAAGCGAGCAGUGAACAUAAGCUAACAUUAAUUACGACGACUACGCGUUUGUUUGAAUUCAAUUAUUGAGAAACAAACCAAUGACAAGAACGUUAACGUUGUGCUUUCGGAAGCAGCAAACGAUUUGUAGUUUAACGAUGGAUAUACAUUAAUAUUAUAAACAUUUGCAAACACACACAUUUGCUGUAGCAAUAAUAUUAUUACUAACAUUAUCAUUACUGAAUGUUAACGAUAAAUCUUUUGACGACGAGUUUAUUAGGCAGGCAGGGAGAGGAUGCAGAAAGAUUUAGAUUUAGCUGGGAAACGAGAGAUGAUGGAAAACAAAAUGGCGUAUAGAAAGAUUGGUAACUCUAAUUAUACUUAAGUAAUACGAUUUCUGUUUGUCCUUACUUGAGUUGUGCGCUAAUGGUGGUUCAAAAUGUGUGAUUUUUACCUUUAUUAGAUAUAUUAUAUGAACAUAGAGUAUAUCGGCAGGUAGUUGUAGUGUGUUAGAUUUGCUUAGUGAAACUUUUAAAAAACGUUUAAUCUUUGUUUCGGAUAAAAAGAAAAUUUAUCUCACGUUAGUUGUACAUAACAAGGAAGCAUAGGAUAACGAGCACGUAAUAUAAAACAAGUUUACUAAAACGAAACAUUUUCCGUUUGGUUGAUGAGUUAAGGUUAAGGUUUGAGAUCAAGUAAGGUUAAUGGAUUCGAGCAGUGGGAUGUUUAGCCUACACCAUUACAAAUAGUGUCAGAUUAAUGGAUUAAUGCAAAUUGAAAAAAGACGGAAAUUCUUAUUGCCGCAUCGAUUCAAUUAAUUUGUAUCAUUACCUGUAAACUUAAUAAUUAAGAUAAACACAUGAAUAAACAAUUAGCGAGAACAAAUGAAAAUCGUUGGACAUAGAGAGGUGCACAAUCAGUAGCUAUUUUCGAGAAUGAUCAAGAGAGCGAGAGGCCUAAUAUGUUUUCAUUGAAGUACGUUUAACAAUUAAAUCUAAUUAACAUAAACCAUAAUAAAAGACGAAAUAUUCCAAUAGUUUCAAUAGUUGAAGAAAAGAAGAGAAAAACAUUCCACAUAAUGAGCAUAUAUGCAGUUUUUGAUUAGCUAGAAGUGAGAAUUUAAUGUUUACACCAACAAAUAUAAACAAUUGAACAUCAACACAUUAUACUACAGUGAAUGAUGCAAUAAAUACACGAAUAAAACACGUUUUUAUUACUUUUACUCAUUAUUUUGAUGCGUUUAUUGGAUAAUAAUGAAUUUCUCAAUAAAAAUGCGAUGUUUGUUUUGUGAUUCAAGAUUGCCAUUUUGUUUGGAAAUUCGUCCGCUGAAAGGCGUCACCUUUUGUUGUGUUGAAUCGAGCUGGGCAUGCUUUUCAAUCGAAUUUUAGGUUAGAAUUCUAGGUUAAUCGUGCGGCGGCUUCAAACCGAGAUGAAGUUAACAACCUAAAAACGAUUUAGUGCUUGAAUUUUUGCUAACCAAAAGUAAGAUACAUUUAACUUCGUAAACAAAGAAGCAGUCGCGUAAGACGCGUAGUAAACGAAAUAAUUAAGUAAUUAAUAUUCUAUUGUAACGAACAUAGUUGUAUUAUAGAGUGAAAGAACUUUGAUCGCGACAAUUUCAAAAUGGCGGCGCGCGUAAAUAACGGAUCAAUAACUGACAAGUAACGGAAAGCAACAUCGAGUUAAAGUAAAUAAAGUUCUUACCACACGGAAUGUCGGAAAUUAACCUAAACAAAUUGCAGAAAAAAAAAACGCUUGUAGUGAGAAGACAAAUCGCACGAAUUAUCACGAUUAACGUUUAAUAAGCGCAGUAUUAAUCAAUUAUAUCGAUCGUAAAGCAAGUAUCUUAACAUUAGAGUCAUUUAUAUAGGACGAAACCCUUGUAUUUAAAGUAAGAUUAACGCUUAGAUUUACGCGACAUGUUUGAAGCUGCCGUCGCGUCUUCAUAACCUCUCACGGAGUUGAGGUUAGAUGUUUUUUACUACACGUUGUUUCGUAAGUUUCGAAAUUUUGGCCGGAAAUUUCGAAAUCUUGUCGAAACGCAAAUUAAAAUGAUUGUGUUUAAUUUCUUUUCAUUUCUUUGGACUUUCUUUUGCAAAACAAUCGAAAACUGUAAAUGUAAUAUAGUCACACACGUAAGGGCGUGCGAUGGUAUUCUCUGCUGGCCAGAGAAGACCGACCACGGCGUUCCUAUACCUAUCCGUACACGAAUCCACGAUGAAACACAUUCAUAUCCUUGUCUUCCGGCUUUUUCGAAUUUAAUUUGCGUGCAUGCGCGCUGCGCUUACACUUUGAUGUGACGAAUGCCACACAACACACGCGCUACACAAAGAAACAAAGUUGUAAACAGUCUCAACGUAAAUGUAAACUACUUUUGUUUUCGUCGAUUAUAACGAAGCUUUCAAAUGGAUCUCAUUCACAUCAUUUUGAUUACAAAUGUAGUUUGUGCUAACCUGACUUAAAGGUUGGACGAUAGCGAAAUGGAAACUAAAAUAAUGAGAAGUUGAUAAAAAAAAUAUACGAGAUAUAUUUGUGUAACGUUUAGAUAAUUUUAUACUGCAUCUUGUUAGCGUUAAUUUAGCGAUUUGUAGUCAUGUAUUAUCAAGGAAGAGUUAACGAUUUGUUUAUAUGUUAUUAAUUUAGUAUUGUAUAAUGUGUGUGUAGCGUUUAUUUGUUUCUUUAAACGUUUGUGUUUUGGAUUAUGUCGUCGUGACAGUGCGUAGGAUUUAAGUAGCACCACCAACACCAUAAGAUUCAAAGUAAACUUAUUAAGUAAAUUUAUUAAGCUAUACAAAUUAAGCUAAGGCAAACAAAGUCAUCAAUUCAUAACUUAAGUGUCAAUUGGAAGAAAUCAAGUAAGAAACAUGUAAAACACACCGCGGGCGUGCUGUAUGCGAUUGGGAGUGUCAUGGCGUACUUUUGAUCGCAUACAUUGUGCGCUAUAAAUAUAGCGUUAAGAGAUGAGUAAAAAAACGAAAACAUACAAAAAAGGAUGUGCGAACAAGCCUGAACAAGAUAACAAAAGGUUAAAUGUAACAUUUAAACAUUUUUCUUGCAUCUCUGUGUGUUGAUGCGACAAAGUGAGAUAUUAUUGUAGUGCAGAAACUUUUUAUCAUUAUAAAAUUAAUAUUUAAAUAUAAAGUUAGAAAAAUAUAUGAUAUAUAAAGUGUAAUGAGGUAAGACAGAGCAUGAAGUAGUUGAGAGUUUGAAGUUUGAAAUCAAACGAAGGCACAGAGUUGAAGUAUGACAAUGUUGACUAAGAUGGUGGAUGUGAUGAGUAUGCGAGUCAGACAUUGGGCGAAGACGGAAAAAUAUCAACACUGUACAAAUAUGGCAAUAUUACUUAUUAUUAAAAUGAAAAACUAAUCGGUGCAAUAUUUCCACGAUGAUGACGUCUCGUUUGUGUAGUAUACACAACGUGCGUCAUUAUCUCCGAAAUGAACAUAACACAAGUUGUGAUUUAAGAUUUAAAAGAAAAACAUGAAUGUGUCCUUUUUCGAAUGAUUCAAAACCAAAACAUAAGAGAAACGAAAACAAAAAUGACCAUCCUAACAAAGUUUACGUUUACAUUUGAAAGCACAAACAAUUGAAUAACAGAUAUGAAAGCGGAAUAUUUCAACGUUUUGGUGAGCGUCGCGGGCGUUGACAAGAUGGCCGCUUGUUUGCAAUUUGAGUUGCUAAUGAUACCGGGAAAUAAUUGGCAACGCACGCCACGCGUCAACAACCCCUCACUCGUGUGUUGUGUCCUCUUCUACUACUAAUUAGAUUCGAGAAAAAUGGAAAAAAGUACCUACCAGUACCUAAAAAACACGAAAAAAUCACAAAAAAAAAUCAACAAGAAAUUACAAAAAAAAAAACUAACUAACUAAAACUAUUACUUAGUUGCACCCAUAAUGUCUGUGUCCGCUCUUGUUGUAUAAGUCUUUUAAUGAAUGUGCACGUUUACACAAAUCGGCGUUCAUCCAGCAGAAAAUUGGACUCGGGCGACACUGAAACUCAAAAAAUGCAAACUAUGAGUUGUGGGUUAUCAAACCUAAUCGAAACUGUAAGUUGUAGUCAUUCAAUUAAAACAUCCUUGUGAAUUGUCGCAACACUUUCUACACCCCACAUCCUUGUAUUGUAUUGUAUUAUGUCUUGUAAAUACACUAGUUGGUAGUGAGGCCCAAAAGAAACUAUGCUAAUUUACUCUCACAACAAGAUGUUAUAUAUAUUAUUAAAGUACUACAAAUGUUAAUAUAAAUUAGACAAUAAUGAAGCAAAAUGAAAACAAAAGAGGAAUAUAUUGCAUGUGUACUUAACUAACUAAAAAAAACUAUCGAAUAAUCGAAGUGAAUAUGAAGAUGAACAUAAAAUGACAUAUGAGAUGAGGAUAUCAUUUUUCUAAACAUGCGUGUAAUUAAUUCUCUGUCUCUCUCUCUCUAUAAAUAUAAAUGUAUUCUUCGCUCUGUGUACACCUAACAACCUAAACCUAACCAAAAAACUUAACCUAAAUGUAAAGUUACAUUGUAUCUAUAAACAAACUAACACAUCACAACUGACAGUUGGGAAAGGAAUAGCAAAGCAUUAAGGAAGCUAACAGCGAAAAUGCAACAUAGCAGACAUAAUCGAAACAUGUGGAAUAUUAUCAUUAUUAUAUUGUAUUCAUUGUGGCGAAUUGUGAAUGAUGACGAUUCGGACUUGAGUUGCAGUGUCGCUUCGUGUCGCCGAGCAAAAAAUUGUACCUAUAUUGUAUAUUAGGUGAUUCAUUUAAAAAUCUAUAUAAUAUACAUUUGAAAGUGGAAGUUUAAAUUAUAUCAUCUUCCAAUAAUUAAUUGAGAA